AUGGCUAGAAUAACCACAGGAAUUUUUUAUCCAUACGGCAUUACAUAUGGAGACACACUGAGCCCUCAAUCAGAUGAUGGGAGCUCACCUUUGAUCACAUUAAGCAGGAUUUUUCCCUUUUUUGGAAGAAGAUAUCAGCAGAUUUUUGUGAAUAACAAUGGAGACCUGACAUUUGACUCAGCUUUUUACAGCUACAGCCCCUACCAAUUCCCAGCCUACGCUCAGAGAGACAUCAUUGCUGGGUUCUGGACAGACCUGGAUAACAGGGCAAAUGGCAACGUCUCCUACCAUCAGUUUACCAGUGGUAGCCUUCUGCAGCGGGCCACACAGGAUGUCAACCAGUACUUCCCCAGCCUGCACUUCACUGCUUCCUGGGUCUUCAUUGCCACGUGGGACAGGGUGGCCUACUUCCCCACAACAGGGACGGAAACAUCUUUCCAAGUGGUACUGAUUUCAGAUGGGAGUCUCUCCUUUGUCCUUAUGAACUAUGGCAUCAUUGCCCCACCUAACCGCUAUGUGCAGGCUGGCUAUGACACAAUAUCCUCAACCCAUCAUUUCACAAUAACUGGAUCCUUUCCAAAUGUCACAAACCUGAAUAUGACCAGCAACGUCAAUGUCCCAGGCCGUUGGGCAUUUCGCACAGAUCACGGAUCAAUAGGCUGCAAUUUUCAAGGUAUGCCAGUCCAGUUGGGUGACUCCUUUUGGAGUGACAGCACCUGCAAUCAGAAAUGCACCUGCUUCCACAGUGGCCUGCAGUGCCAGAACGAUCCCUGCUCCUUCUCCCAGGUGUGCCGGGCCGCUGCCUUCCAGUACUCAUGCCAGACUGUGCAGAGGCGAACAUGCACCAUCUCUGGCGACCCCCACUACUACACCUUCGAUGGCCAGCUCUUCCACUUCCAGGGCACCUGCACUUAUGUCCUCUCCCAGACCUGCGACAGUGGGCUGCCGUACUACCGUGUGGAGGGCAAGAACGAAAAUCGGGGCAGCACCCGCGUAUCCUGGACACGUCUUGUGCGGGUGUUUGUUUAUGGAGAGGAGAUUGAGUUGGUCAAGACCCAUCUUGCCCAUGCAAAGGUCAAUGGGAGCUACACUGCAGCUCCUUUCUCGCUCCGCAACGGCACUAUCCAAGUGUACCAGACUGGCUUCUCCCUGGCGGUCAGCACUGACUUCGGCCUGAUUGUGACAUACGACGCCAACCACUAUGUCAGAAUCAGUGUGCCCUAUGACUACCUCAAUGCCACCUGCGGCCUCUGCGGCAACUUUAACAACAACCAGGAGGACGACUUUCUUUCAGCCUCAGGGGAGGUGCUAAGCUCAGAUGUCGAUUUUGCCAACAGCUGGGAGGCACCUGGGGACACCGAUCCCGAAUGUGAGAGGGUACGGUGCGCAGGCCUGGACUGUGCUGUCUGCAGCUCCACCCAGAGACAGCUGUACUCAGGCACAGACCACUGCGGCAUACUCCGGGACCCUUAUGGACCCUUCGCCGCAUGUCACAGCCAGCUACCCCCCCAGACCUACGUGGAAAGCUGUGUCUAUGACUUGUGUGUGGGAGGUGGGUACCAGCCCAUCCUGUGCCAGGCACUCAAUGUCUACGCUACGCAAUGCCAGCAGCAUGGAAUUCAGCCUGGGCUGUGGAGGAGGCAGGACUUUUGUGAAAUCUCUUGCCCUGCUCACAGUCACUUUCAGCCUCAGGGCACUGGCUGCCCUGCUACGUGUUCCAACCCCUCAGCCCCCUCCAACUGCCCGAUACCAUCCCAAGAGAGCUGCAUAUGUGAUGCUGGCUUUGUCCUGAGUGCUGGGGAGUGUGUUCCUACAGGACAGUGUGGGUGCACAUUUGAAGGCCUGUACUACAGUGCCGGGCAGCGAGUCGUGCUGGAUGAGGAUUGUGGGCGGCUCUGUGUUUGCGAAAGUGGCGUGAUGACCUGCCAAGACCACUCAUGUGGCUCACAGGAGGUCUGCAGAGUAGAAAAUGGAGAGCGAGGAUGUCAACCCCUGAGCUAUAGCACCUGUUGGGUAGAGGGACCGAGGCGAUAUCGCACAUUCGAUGGACUGACAUUCCAGUACCCAGGAGCCUGUGGGCUCACGCUGUCCAAGGUUAUCGGGUGGACAUCCCUGCCACGCUUCAUGGUGACAGCUCAGAAGGUUCCUAGAGGCCCAGAUGGCACUGAUUUUGCCAGGAUACUGAAAUUUCAGGCUGAGGGGACAGAGAUUUCCAUUGAAAUGGGUGGCAGCAGCAGAGUACAGGUGGAUGGGCAGCUGGUCAGACUGCCUUUCAGCAGUGAUUCUGGCAGGAUCCGUGUGUAUCACAGCAGUGUGACUCACAUAGUUGUGCAGACGGAUUUCGGCGUGACAGUGCAGGCUGACUGGCCACACCUGUUGCGAGUGACCACUCCAGGAACCUACAACGGCACUCUAGGGGGACUGUGUGGCAACCACAAUGGGUACAGAGACGAUGAGUUCAUGACCCCUGAAGGCUCCCUCGCCAACAGCUCGCAGGUGUUCGGGGACAGCUGGCGUGACGGAUCCCUGUCGGCUCACUGCGUGGAGCCUGAGGAUAGCACUACUCAGUCAGGACAAAACAGUAACCAGUAUCUGUCAGGGGAAUUUUGUGGACUUAUGUCUUCAUUCCAUGGGCCGUUCUCCCAGUGCCGGGCCAUGCUGGACCCCUGGGAGAGGAUUACAGACUGUGCAGAGGCCAUGUCCCGGGCAGGUGGCAGCCGAGCGGUCCUGUGUGAGGCACUCCGCAACUAUGCCCUCCUGUGUCAGCAGAACGGGAUCACUGUGGAGAACUGGAGAAACAUGACCAGCUGUGAUCCCAGCUGCCCUCCCAACAGCCACUAUGAGCUCUGUGGCACCUCCUGCCCGGCCGCCUGCCCCAGCCUCUCCUUCCCCUUCGUGUGCACACAGCAGUGUCAGGAGGGGUGCCAGUGUGACGACGGACUCCUCCUCAGUGGUGGCCAGUGUGUGGCUCCCAUCGACUGUGGCUGCCACAGUGAGGGGCGUUACUACCGCGACGGUCAGAGCCUAUGGGAGGGCGAGAGCUGCCAACGCCUCUGCACAUGCAACGGCACCACUGGGAACGUCCGCUGCGUCCCCUCGGCCUGCGGGGCCUUCGAGUCCUGCCGCAUCGUAGAUGGCCAGUAUGGCUGCCACCCUCAACCCCACGGCACCUGCUCUGCCUCUGGGGACCCCCACUACUCUACUUUCGAUGGACGCACCUUCGACUUCCAGGGCACCUGCCGCUACGUGCUGGCAACCGUCUGUAACUCCACACAGGGACUGGAGAACUUUCAGGUGGAUGCAAGGAACGAGCCAUGGCACGGCCUCCCGGUGUCCAUCACAGCAGAGGUGUUCAUCAGCGUCUAUGGUCACAUGGUGCACAUUUCCAGCGAAAGGCUCGGCACAGUACAGGUUGAUGGUGUGAUCAGGAACCUACCACUUCUCUUGCGUGGUGGUGAGGUGUCCAUCUACCUAAGUGGAGUGCACACGGUUGUCAAUGCUGACUUUGGCCUAAUGGUUAGCUAUGAUGGCUGGAGCGUUGUCUCUAUUACCCUGCCCUCAAGCUACAGAGGCAAGACCUGUGGGCUGUGUGGCAACUUCAAUGGGCUGCCUGGCGAUGACUUUGUGACCCGAUCUGGUGUCCAAACGACGUCUGCGUCCCAGUUCGGCACAGACUGGAAGGUGACUGGCAAUUAUACCUGCAGUGAUGGGUGUGGGGAGUCCUGCCCCAUUUGCCCAGACCAGAGCGUGGCCCGGAUGCACUGUGCGGUCAUUCGAGCCAGCAACGGUCCCUUUAGCUUCUGCCACAGCGAGGUGGACCCAGAACCCUACUUCAGCGACUGCGUGUUUGACUUGUGCCUCUCAGAGGACAGACCCGUUGUUCUGUGCCAGGCCAUUCAGGCCUACGUGAGCGCCUGCCAGGCUGUCAAUGCCAGAGUGUAUCCCUGGAGACAGAACACACCGUGCAGCAUUCAGUGCCCAGAGAACAGCCACUAUGAGCUCUGUGGCACGGAAUGUGGCAACACCUGUGCCAGCAACAUCGAUGCAAACUGUGAGCAGACCUGCGCAGAGGGCUGCUUUUGUGACGAGGGCUACGUCAGGAGCGGGAGCCAUUGCGUCCCCCUAGCACAGUGUGGAUGCCAGUACGAUGGCUUCUAUUUUGAGAUCGGCGAGAUGUUCUGGACCCCUGGCUGCUCCCAGCGCUGUGAAUGCUACGCCCCCAAUGAUCUGCGCUGCUCUGCCGCCAGCUGUGCCCCCACCCAGGAAUGUGGUGUCAGAGAGGGGCGGCUGGGCUGCUUUGACGUCUUCUCCACCUGCACAGUCACUGGCGACCCCCACUACUUCACCUUUGAUGGAGCAGUGGCGCAUUUCCAGGGCACCUGUUCCUAUGAGAUCGCCCGCACCUGCGGGAACGUCACAAGUGAUGAGCUAUCCUUCCGCAUCGUGGCCACCAACCGGCACCGUGGAAACAACCGGGUGUCCUUUGUAUCCUCUCUGGAUGUGUGGCUGUCCCAUGAGGGACGGGACACCCACAUCUUCAUCGGACAGAGCAGGAGUGUACAGGUCGAUGGUCACGCGGUCUCCGUUCCCUCAGCCAUUGGCUACAUCGCCGGAGUGUCAUUUGAGAGGGGCUUUGUGGUGCUGAACACCUCCAAUGACCUGAUGGUCCACUUUGACGGUCGGAGCACCUUGUUGGUCCGGCUGGGUCAGACGCAUCGUGGCUCCAUCUGUGGAAUGUGUGGGAAUUUCAAUGGUGACCCGCACGAUGACAAAGUCCUGCCAAAUGGGGAUAUGGCCCUGACAGAUGAGGAAUAUGGAGAUGGAUGGAAGUCAGACAUCAGCAGUGCUGGCUGUGGCAGAGGUGACGUGAGACUUGGAGGAGGAGAGGAGGACUGCACCUUCAGACAGGAGUACACUGACCUCUGCAGCGUCAUCACCAACACCACCGGCCCCUUCAGGGACUGCCACCUCCAUGCUGACCCCACACCCUACUUCACAUCUUGCGUGUACGACCUGUGCCUCUACACGCCAGCCAACGGCAUGCUGUGCUCUGCUGUGGGAGCCUAUGAGGCAGCUUGCUCUGUCCUGGGGCUCCAGAUCCCGGAAUGGCGGUCGGACCUGCUCUGCCCAUUGACUGAUCCCUGUGAUGAGCUAGACUGCACUGACCAGGAGUGGUGUGGGGAGAAGAAUGGGGUUUACGGUUGUUUCUGUAAUGAAGACCACAAUCGCCCUGACCCUGAGAACUAUGACUCAGAGGAAACCUGCUUCAGCAGCUCCGGCGUCAUGUCCUUGUCGCGCUGUCAGCUGUUCGAGAAUGGCUUCCCGCCCCACAUCCUGCACCUCAACGACCCAAGCUGCAAUGGGACGCUCCACCACGGCCGAGUGGAAUUCUCCUUCAACAACGAGGACCACGUCUGUGGGACAGCUCUCAUGAGCAACGGCACUCACUUCAUCUACGAGAACUCCAUUCAAGGGGAAAUUGACCCGCACGGAGGUGUCAUCAGUAGGGAGCGACGCAUCAACCUGCGCUUCUGCUGUGUGUACCCACUGUCCAGCUCCGUCUCCAUGCCGAUAGUGAUCCACCCUGUGGAGAGCAUUGUGAGGAAGAAGCUGCCUGCGGGCGUGGGGAGUUAUCAUGUGAGGAUGACCCCCUAUCGAGACCCGUGGUUCCGCCAGCCUUUCUCCGGUUCCAGCUUUGAGCUGGAGGUGGACCAGCAGCUCUACGUGGCUGUGGAGGUGACUGGGGUGGACAGGCAGCAAAUCUCCGCUGUCAUAGACUCUUGCUGGGCCACGCCCUUCAACGACCCCUCCUAUCCUGUCCGCUGGGACCUCAUCAGCAGAGAAUGCCCCAACACUGAUGACAACACCGUGCAGCUGCUUCAGAAUGGGGUGUCCACCGUCAGCCGCUUCACCUUCAGGAUGUUCAGGUUCACUGGAAACUCCUCCGCAGUUUACCUGCACUGUCAGAUUCAUCUGUGUCUUCAACAGAGGAACAACUGCACCGCGCACUGUUACCCAGGAUACCACCAGCGAGCGCGCAGAUCUCUGCUAAUCCACGACAGUGCUUCCAUUUCCAUCGGACCUCUCAUUUGGUCAGGGGAAAAUACAGGUAUGCCAGUCCAGUUGGGUGACUCCUUUUGGAGUGACAGCACCUGCAAUCAGAAAUGCACCUGCUUCCACAGUGGCCUGCAGUGCCAGAACGAUCCCUGCUCCUUCUCCCAGGUGUGCCGGGCCGCUGCCUUCCAGUACUCAUGCCAGACUGUGCAGAGGCGCACAUGCACCAUCUCUGGCGACCCCCACUACUACACCUUGGAUGGCCAGCUCUUCCACUUCCAGGGCACCUGCACUUAUGUGCUCUCCCAGACCUGCGACAGUGGGCUGCCGUACUACCGUGUGGAGGGCAAGAACGAAAAUCGGGGCAGCACCCGUGUAUCCUGGACACGUCUUGUGCGGGUGUUUGUUUAUGGAGAGGAGAUUGAGCUGGUCAAGACCCAUCUUGCCCAUGCAAAGUCUAUCAGUUUUAUGAUGUAUAAUGCCAACCACUGUGUCAUGACCAGCAUGCCCUAUGACUACUUCGAUACUACCUGCAGCAGUAACUUCAACAACCACCAGGAAGAUGAGAACAGCUGGCAGGUGUUGGGGGACAUUGAUCGAGAAUGUGAGAAGGUCGACAGUCACGCGGUCUCCAUUCCCUCAGCCAUCGGCUACAUUGCUGGAGUGUCACAAUUUGGUCUGGCUGGCUGUGGCAGAGGUGACGUGAGUCUUGGAGGAGGAGAGGAGGACUGCACCUUCAGACAGGAGUACGCUGACCUCUGCAGCGUCAUCACCAACACCACCGGCCCCUUCAGGGACUGCCACCUCCAUGCUGACCCCACACCCUACUUCACAUGUUGCGUGUACGACCUGUACCUCUACAUGCCAGCCAAUGGCAUGCUGUUGUGGGACAUCGGCAUCUACCUCCUUGUAGCAUUGUUGAUGCUGGAGCAGCCAGGGAUGGGGGCAGGAUGGAUGCGGGAUGAAGGAUCCGGCAGGUCGGCAGAAACAGCCAGUGUUUGGGGGGAGGAAAGGGGAGGAGAAGAAGAGGAGAGGAAGGAGGACGUGUCUGUUUUGGUGCAGGCCGUGGUCCUCAGCACUGUGGCCAGGAUGAUGAGGUUCCUGGUGUUCAGGCAGACACCCACGCUGAGCUUCGUGGGGCUGCCUACCAGCUCUGGUCCACGAGGGUAA